CCCUUUCUUUCUUUUCUUUUGAUUUCCCGUUGUAAACUGAGCAGGCCGAAAAAUGUCUAAAAGAGGACGUGGUGGAACCGCUGGAGGGAAAUUCCGUAUUUCUCUAGGUCUCCCUGUUGGAGCUGUAAUGAACUGUGCUGACAAUACAGGCGGUAAGAACUUGUAUGUCAUUGCUGUUCAUGGAAUUCGUGGUCGUUUGAACCGUCUUCCCGCUGCUGGAGUUGGAGACAUGUUUGUUGCUACAGUCAAGAAGGGAAAACCUGAACUCCGGAAAAAGGUAAUGCCAGCUGUCGUUAUCAGGCAAAGGAAACCUUUCAGGAGGAGGGACGGGGUGUUUAUAUAUUUUGAGGAUAACGCUGGCGUAAUAGUGAACAAUAAAGGUGAAAUGAAAGGUUCCGCUAUCACAGGUCCCGUUGCUAAAGAAUGCGCUGAUUUGUGGCCCCGUAUUGCUUCAAACGCCAGCUCAAUUGCUUAAGACAUGAAAUAAAAUAUUCUUAAAUAUA